GCAAUGUGUUCUUUGCUGUCACACAGAGCCGCUCUCUAUAUUCCCUUCCUUACUGUUACUUGUAUCUGUUUAGCUUAACGUUGGGCAAGAUUUCUCUUUCCUGUCCGCGAACUAAAACUCCCAUCAUCCUCAGCAUGUUAGUAUUCACGGUACUUUUCGGGUGAAAAAUCUAUCCAGGUCACUUUACUAAGCUGCGUAAAUAGCCAGUGUGCUGGCAGUCAGUUUAAAGAUCUGCGAUAUUCCCUAUCCUGGCUCGCAGGCUGUCUUCCCAGAGUAAUUUACCUCAGACAACGGGUCUGUUUCCCUAAGGUUUUCGAUGUCUUUAAGGUGUUCGCUGUAAGCGCGGGCACUGCCCUGUUGGCUGAGCAGCAGAUCUUCUGCAGAUGGGUCCCGGCAUCCGAGUAUUUCUUCUUCUCCAAGUCCUGGUGACCCUGGCACUGCCCGAGGAGGGCAAAUGCACGGAAGACAAUGGCGGCUGGGUGCUGGAUCACGACUCUCCUGUGCAUGAAGAAGAGCGUUGUACCGUAGAGAAAGUGGACGCUUCUAUCACCUAUUCUCAGUUUAUACAACAAUACGCUUAUAGUCGGCCUGUCAUUAUUCAGGGAAUUACAGACAAUGUGGAGUUUCAGUCUCUCUGCACCAAGCAGCAUCUCGUGCGAGAGUUUGGAGACCGCCAGGUGCGCCUGAGUACGGCCAACACGUAUUCGUACGAGAAAGUGGAUGUGCCAUUCCAGGAAUACGUCAAUCAUUUACUAAAGCCCCAGGACCUGACCUCGCUUGGCUGCGAUACUUUGUAUUUUUUUGGAGACAAUAAUUUCACAGAAUGGGGUUCACUGUUUAAGAAAUACACCCCACCCCCAUUCCGGAUUCCAGGUACCAGUGGAGCAUACAGUUUUGGGAUUGCCGGUUCUGGCACAGGGGUUCCUUUUCACUGGCACGGACCAGGCUACUCCGAAGUUAUAUAUGGCAGAAAGCGCUGGUUUCUUUACCCACCUGAGAAAACGCCUGAAUUUAAUCCUAAUGGGACGACCCUGUCAUGGCUGUUGGAUACAUACCCCUACCUUUCAGAGGUAGAGCGUCCCAUAGAGUGCACCAUCCGCCCCGGAGAGGUUUUGUAUUUUCCUGACCGGUGGUGGCACGCUACCCUUAACCUCGACACCAGUGUCUUCAUUUCGACAUUUCUUGGAUAAUCCCUACCAGACCAGUCACUGGUGAGACCUCUAAGGACAGCCACGGUACCAUGAGCAACAUUGCAGUGACUUCCAACCCACAGUGCCACACACCACCGAGAGAACCAGGAGGUAGAAAACCACUGCUGGCCCUACAACUGGACUGGACUGGACUAGAUUUUUUUAGCAACUGGACCAUUUUAUAAAAUCACACAAUCAGGAUUGCUGUAGAAUUUUGUUAUACUGUAUCAUGAACUAAAAUGACAAUCUUCCAUUCCCAGUGAAACGUCUACAGUUUAAUAUUUAUAAUAAUAUGAAUGCUCCGUCCUGGUUUGUAGUUAGUAAACGUUCAAUAAAAU